AGCUGCUAGUGGAGACCAACGUGUGUUCUGGUGCCGGUGAUUGAAGAUGGAUUACAUCACUAACCCUGGUACUCUGUCAUUGGCAGCAGGAAUAGCCUGCGGUUUUAUACUAGGCUGGAGCCUGCGUGGUCAAAUUGGCCGUUCAAGGAAUGUAACAAAUGUAACAGGAAGCGAUGCGGGAAGUGAAGCAAGUGUGAUGGGAGAGAGCGGCGAAUUCAAGAUGGUACUGGUCGUCCGAAACGAUCUGAAGAUGGGAAAAGGAAAAGUUGCUGCACAGUGUUCACAUGCUGCAGUAUCCGCUUACAAGCAGCUCAUUAAGAGAAAUCCCGAAUUACUUAAGCAGUGGGAAUAUUGUGGUCAGCCCAAAGUAGUACUGAAAGCUACGGAUGAAGAUGCUCUGGUUGAGCUUCUCACCCAGGCAAAGCAGCUGGGACUAGCUAUUAGUCUGAUUCAGGAUGCAGGUCGCACACAAAUAGCACCAGGAUCAAGAACUGUACUUGGGGUGGGACCCGGUCCUAGCGAUUUAGUUGAUAAAGUAACGGGACAUUUAAAGCUCUAUUGAGGUUUAUUUUGCUUAAUAAAACAGGAAAAGAAACCUAAUUUGUC